AUGAGCCCCGGACGACGAUGUGUGACUUCCUGGAACUUUCCACACAAUCGUCAUCGAUGCCAGUUGUACAUUUGGAGUCGUGACCAACUCGUGUAUGGCGCCUUGUUUAUGAGACAAAAACGGAAACGUGAUCGUAUUCUAGUGUCUCAGACGGAGAGAGACGAUCGUCCGUCGAAAAGGGGGGGAGAGGAGCAUGUGAUGGCUCACACCGCCGGCUACGCCGCGAAACUCGUCCAACCAGUUUUUAUCUUCGAACGCCACCGCGCCGAUGUCAGCGAGGAGCCCGACUCCGAGCGAGCGAGCGACCGUGCGAGCGCGCCUAGCCCCAUUUCUGGCCCACUUCAACCAUCCGCAGCCAUCUCAGCAACUCAUCUUGUCGACACCGAUUUACGGUGUCGCACAAAUUCGCGUCAAUGCGGCUCCGUUGAUCAGUGUUGUCGGUGA